UUGCCUUGUUGUGAACGGGAGGAGAGGGGUUAGGGUUCUUGCGCUCUCAUUCUCUCCCUGCGCGCCGCCGCCGCCAUUGCUGACCGGAAAAUACGGAAGGGGAGGGGAGGAUGGAGGGAACUAGCCGCGCGGACGGGAGGAACCCAAACCAGCUCCGGCCCUUCAGCUGCACCGGCAACCCGCUCAACCGCGCCCACGGCUCCGCUCGCUGGGCGCAGGGCGACACCGUCGUGCUGGCCGCCGUCUACGGGCCCAAGCCGGGGACCAGGAAGGGAGAGAACCCCGAGAAGGCCUCCAUCGAGGUCGUCUGGAAGCCCAAGACCGGCCAGAUCGGAAGGCAGGAGAGGGAGUAUGAGAUGACACUCAAGAGGACGUUGCAGAGCAUCUGCGUGCUCACCGUUCAUCCAAACACCACCACCUCUGUCGUGCUUCAGGUUGUGGGUGAUGAUGGCUCUCUUCUACCUUGCGCAAUUAACGCUUCCUGUGCUGCCCUUGCAUUUGCUGGCAUCCCUUUGAAACAUCUUGCAGUGGCAAUUGGUUGUGGGGUGAUGGAGAAUGGUGCGGUUAUUUUGGACACAAACAUGGCAGAAGAGCAGCAAUUGAAGUCCUUUGCUCAUCUGGUGUUCCCCAGUUCACGCAAGUCGGUGGAUUCGAAGGAAGCAAAACAGAAAGACGAGGAGUUUGAGCGAGGAUUGAUAACCUCAAUCUCCCAUGGAGUGAUGUCUGAGGAUGACUACUUGAACUGCAUAGAGAGAGGUCUUGCGGCGUCCUCACGGAUCUCGGAUUUUAUGAGGAAGACUCUACAGAAGGAGGCGUCAUCUGUAGGUGCUUGAGUGACAUCAUGGUUGACAGCUAGUGUGAUUUUGGUGUCAGCUCGCUCAUGUUGCAGUGGAGGAGGCAACCAAUUAGCAGGAGGAAAUGCUACCCGAUCUGAUGAGGAUCUGAUGUUGUUCUCAGCCUCGCUAGGAUUGGGGGGCUUUGAAAACGUUGAGAUGGGAUGUGGCUGGAGUACUAGUUAGCUAGUUAGUUGGUUUUGACGAGUUUGUGCACAAUAUAUACUAGUAUCAGCUUUACUGCAGGUUUGUGUUGGCAGAUAUUUGUAUUUGGCGCAUGUCAUGUGUUUGUAGUCCGCAUAUUGUCGUGCUUUGUUUGGUGGAUGAAAUGAUUGGUCAUU